CAGAACGGGAUUCGUAAGUAUAGAAAAAGAAUAUUGUAAAUAUGAGUUGUAAUCGCAAGUAAACAGUAACCUAUCCAUCAGCCUAACGUAAGAGAUGAAGCAUCGGAGUGAAUUGGUACUUCUCAGUUAUUGAUAGAUGGGAGCUGGUGGCAGCGCUGGUUGAGUGGCCAUAAAGAAAGAUGAAAUGUUUUCCUUGCAGCAGGGAGCCCUCGUCCAUUUAUUUCCACUAGGAGCUCACUCCAGACCUGCAGUGCACCGCACAGCUGCUCUUCCUGUCCUUAUCAGUUGAUGUUCAGUCAGCAUUCCGAGAGAGGAGAGGAGGGGGGAGGGAGGAAGAGGAGGUUAUUACGUGCUUACAGGUUGUUCGCUGAGAUAAAUGUUCUUCAACCACUGGAUCUUGUAAAUGAUAUGCAAAUUCCACCCCUUGUAAAACAAGGACUUUCCCAUUUGAGGGCCUACAUACCGCUGAAGGGUAAUGAAAACACUAUUAGAGUCUCCGGUCACCGCCCCCCUCCCGUCGCUAUCGAUUCGGUCCAGGACUGCUAA